AUGUCGAACAUUAAAGAGAUAUCCUUACCGCAGCAGGGGCUUCGGACCCCCAGCUGCCGGCGCGAGGGAGUUACCGUCCCGGGCUCCCUCCCGUCGUCAUCAAACGACGGGCUUUGUGGUGCUUGCCCCGCAGNGGCACCACAUGAACCUGCGUCUGCGAAGACCGGCGGUUUGCCGGUUCGCGAGGUGAGUGAGUCCCCCAUUCUCCGCCCCCGGAAGAACCGAAGAGUUAUCCGUGGAGACGGGGAAACCGAGACCCACGUGAGCCGUCCCUGUGGCGGCACGUGGAUCUCGGACGACUCGGACGGGGAGGUGAAGAUGGCCNCCGAACAGCUGGCCUCAUCCUGCAAGGUAACGGGGCCGGGCCCCUUGACAUCAAGCGUCAGGGUCUCCGUGCGCAAACUUUCCAUCGCAGGAGCCACACCCCUGCCGCGGGGCGACUCCGGCUCUGAGGUCGAAGUUGCCGCCGUGAGCCAGAAGAGGGCUCAGUCAGAGCAUCGAGUCCCAACUCCCCCCCCUCNGCCUGCCAAGAGGGAUGCAUCGGUUGGGGAGAAAAGAAAGAGAGGCAGGGCCCUCCAGGGCAGACGCCCUCCAACGUCUGGAGAGUACCGUGNGCUGGCUGCAGCCAAACAAAAGCUGCUCGACCUGCAACAGAGGGAGGAUGAAAUGCAGGCGGAGCGGGAACUGGCCCAAGAACUACAGGCCAAUCGCGUGGCGACUCGAACGUCGGCCACGGCAUCUCCUCCACCUUCACAACAGGGCGGGGCAGCACGGGGGAGCACGGAUCCCCCGGAGGUCGCGUUGAAAGACCUACCCACCUCGCAGGUGGUCAAACACUCUGCGAGAUGGGCGGCCUCAGUGGUGCGUAUGGCCGUAACCUCAAAGCGGUUAAAGGGGACAUAUGUGAAGGGCCUAAAGGAGGCAGCGACACAACUGGAGGAGGCCGUCAGAGUGCUCGCCAGCCGCAUGGACACCAGUGGUGAAAUCCAGCGGCUGGACGCACAGAACAAAUGCUUGCUCGGCGAUGUAACCGAGCUACGGGAGACGGUCUCCUUCAUACGAGCGGAGCGGGACUCUGUCCAGACAAAGCUGGACAGGGUCACAAGAGAAAGCUCCUCGCAGAAGGCUGAGCUCACAGCCCUUCANGAGGAAAUGGUGGAUAUGCGGCGGAAGAUUGUGGCCCUGCAAAUGGCCCCACUCAAGGCUUCCGCCGCAGCAACUGCGGACCCGCCGCCGGCACUUAAGCCGGCGGUGGAGGAACCCUUGCCUCUCCCUCAAAGAGAGGCAAGACGNCGACGCCAACGAGCCCCCCCUGUGCCCCCACGAGACCCCAGUUUAGAGUCNGACCGGGGCAUGGACAUAUCACCGUCCAGGGCGGGGGCAAACGACACUGGCUGGGAGUCACCGGCCCCAUCACGGGGCCUGGAAACCCAGCCACCAGUAGAGGUCCACCCUGAUGGGCGUCCCGCAGAAUUCAAGGACACUAAGUCCCUUCUGCGGGAGCACACCAGAAGGAUGGACCAAAUGAUCACGGAACGCCUGGACAAAUUCUUCCAGGCGUUCACGGAUCAACAGACCCGCCCCCCCCUGGGGGGUAGUGCCCAGAAACGGGCAGGGACACGAGGCCCGGUGGAAACGGGGGGCGAUGGCCAGACCGCACCUGGUGCGGCGACCACGCCAGCCCCCACGCCCACCGCAGGGACAACAGGAGAGUCCACAAAGGCCAAAGGCAAAAAGGCCAAAACGAAGAAGAAGGGUGCCAAGAAGGGGAGGGGCGCCGAACAGCAACCGGGGACUGGUACGGUGGCUAAGGCCACCCCCCAGCCGCCCACGCAAAAGUCCGGUAAACCCGCACCCCCCUCGCAACCCUCAGACCCCACCACCUCUAAGGACACUUGGUCCCAGGUGGUGGGAAGAAAGAAAAAGCGGCCCUCGCCCGAAGAUGUCCCCUUAACACCGCCUAGCGGCAAAGGGGGCAGCAAAGGGCCAGCCAGGGCAAAGGCGGGAGCGGUCAAACCGGUCACCCCGCCCAAGCCCAAGCUGGGGCGACCACCCCGAUCGGCGGCGGUGGUCCUGACCGCCCCGGAAGGAGCCCAGAGCGGCCUACUGGGGGAG